UGAGGAAUUCCAGGGCGUGAUGCUGUGUGUUUCAUGGGGAACGGGGAACUGGAAAAUGGACAAGUGAACAUUUUCCCUGGUCGCUUUUAGACAUCUGUGUAGCUAGGUUAUAAUACAGAUAUGAGUAUUUUAUCACUAUCAUAAACCUAUAAAUACAUACAGAGCUUAAGAUCAAUUUAUUUGGAUUUCUGAGGGACGUGAAGACCGUCUAACGCGAGCUCAGGAAGGUCCUCUGGUGUACAUGGCACUACAUGCGGCUGCACCAUGAGCGGCGAGCCGGACGCCUUGGCUGUGGUCAACCAGCUCCGAGAUUUAGCUGCUGACCCACUGAACAGGCGCGCUAUUGUCGAAGAUCAGGGCUGCUUGCCGGGCCUCAUCCUCUUCCUCGAUCACCACAACCCACAAGUCGUUUACUCUGCACUGCUGGCCGUGCGCUACCUGGCAGAAUGCCGAGCCAACAGGGAGAAGCUGAAGGCCGUUCUGGGAAUGAUGCUGAGUCUGCAGAACGUCAUGCAGAAGAGCACAUCCCCAGGGGAGACCAAAUUGCUGGCUUCAGAAAUCUACGAGAUCCUGCAGAACUCGAGCAACGCAGAGGCAGAGCAAGCCGAAGCGGCUGCCUCGUGCCGCCGUAAGGCUCAGUUCUUCCUGGGUGCCACCAAUAAGCGAGCCAAGACCGUGGUGCUGCAGAUCGACGGCUUGGACGACCCGACACGGAGGAGUCUGUGUGAAGAGGCUUUGCUGAAAAUCCGCGGGGUCAUCAGCUUCACCUUCCAGAUGGCCGUUAAGAGGUGUGUGGUCCGGAUCCGCUCCGACCUGAAGGCCGAGGCUCUGGGAACCGCUAUCGCAUCAACCAAAUUGAUGAAGGCGCAGCAGGUGGUGAAGGGAGAAGACGGGAAUGAGAUGGUAAUCCCUUUUCAGGAGGAUUCGGACGUGGAGGUGGAGCAGAACAUGGACUUGCCGGAGUACCUCCCCGAGGACGAGAGCCCGGCUCAGGAGCAGCACAAGGCUGUGUCUCGUCUGGGCUCCAUGCAGGACGGUGUGGGCUGGCUGAGCACCGCCGCCAACUUCCUGUCCCGCUCCUUCUACUGGUGACCCUGCGCCAUAACAAUACCAACCUCCCUCCUCCUCAUCCUCCCCUCCCUCGCUCCGAGUGCAGAAACACUACUGCAGGGUGCUGCAAAACUAACUCAAGUCCUCCUGAAGCUCACCUUAGCACCACCAGAGACACCAAGCCAUAGAACAAUAAAGACGGCUUACACCACGAGCGUCUCUUCUCCGUAGCUGCACUCUCUCUCUCUCUCUCUCUCUCUCUCUCUCUCUCUUUCUCUCUCUCUGCGCUUUUCUUUCAGCCAGAAGAUGGUUGUUUUUUUGUUUUUUUUAAAGACGGUUUGGUCCAGUUUCUCCUCAUGGGUCCAUGUGUGAUACCAAACAGCAUUGGGUAAUUUGUGCAGUUUAUUUUUUUUGGGACACUCAGAGCUCUGCCAGGUUGUGUAAUCCUCCUGGCGACGGAUUUUCAGUUUUGUACGAAAGAACUUUUUCUCAUGCAUGAAGUUCGAGUGCUUGUUUUCUUCUCUUUCUUGCCUUUUCAGCUCACUUCCUGUGUGUUUUACCGUCUCACUCUGUCUUUGCUCAUUUAAAACAAAAAUUUUAAAUUCACUUUAACCCUUCGGGAUUUUCUGCUUUACUCGAUGCCUUUUUCCUUCAUCGUGUGUGUGUUAAUCGAAUGUGUUUUCUUGUUCUCAUCUCAACUUGUGAAGAUUUAAACCGCAUCCAUAUUCACAUGUAGUCCUUUUCGGUCGUAUAGAUGGUUAAAGACUUGGGAGAAGCACCAGCACCGGCUGCUUGUAGAAGUCAUCAAGCCAAGCUGUAGAACUUUCCGUGCUGCAUGCAGAAAUAAAAGGGAAAAAUAAACAAUAACACACACACUCAGGCUAUUGCUAUCAGACUACUAACAGUUUCUCACUGCACCAUGCCAACGCUGUAGAAACCGCCGUAAAGACGAAUACCGCAGAACGACGACUGAAUACGAGACUUGGAGAGGUUGGUUUGGGAGCUUUCGUUUUCUUGCAUUAAUUAUUAUUAUUAUUAUUAUUAUUUUUUAUUGUUUGCUGCCUUUAACUGCCUUUAACUAAAGUAUUAGUGUUAGGUCAGUUUUCUGGUCAGAUCUUUAAAUCAGUAUCGUCGGGAAUUCUCAUCCGAACCUGAUCGCCAAAAUGCACAACGUCUGCUCCGAGAUACGGUUACGAGCGAUCUCUGGAGUACGAACAAAAUCGAGACGAAAAGUCACCAACAGUGUUAAUGAGACCCAACACCCGAUUCGCCUGAUCGCCCAAAAAGCUCUCGUGAUUGAGUGAUUUUUAUUUCAGAAGUCAUUGUUUAGUUUCUCACCAGUGAAAGGUUUAGCUUUUAGACCGAAUCCCCCAGGGACAUCAGGAAGACUGUUGGAGACCGUAGCACAUGUCUAGAUGUAGAAGCUUCUCGUGUACAGAGUCUGCUGUUACAUGUGUAAAGAAUUUCAGACCAUGGAGUUAUUGCCUGGUCACACUAAUGACAUCAUUAAAUCUAUUAAACAAUACA